AUGGCUUCCAGAUGUGAGUUAUGUUGGGCUGAAGAAGAAACUAGUCAUCACAUCUUGCUCAGCUGUAACUUUGCGAGUCAAGUGUGGUCCAAGGCUCUUAGUCUGUUCAACGAAGUUUGGAUUGGCUUCCCUUCUUUGGAGCUCUUGUUCUCGUGGUGGAGGAAGAAAGCUAAAGUUGUCUUGUUAGCUGAUAUCUGGAAGGCUCUCCUUAUUAUUAUAUGUCAACAAAUCUGGUUUGAAAGAAACAAAAGAAGAUAUGAUAACCAGCGUUCCCCUCCAAGACAAGUGGUGCAAAGAUGCAUCAACGAGAUCUCAAGCUGUUCUAUCAUCAAAGGGGUUACAAUUAAAUCAGUAAAUGAUCUCAUGCUUGCUAAGAUUUUUAAGGUUUCCAAGGCUACUCCAAAACUGAAGAGGGUGAUUGAGGUUCGUUGGAAACCACCGCCUAUGGGGUGGUGGAAGCUGAACAUCGAUGGCUCAUCAUUUGGGAACCCUGUCAUGCAGGUGCAGGGGGAAUCUUUAGGGACCACUAGGGGUUAA